UAUCAAUCUGUGACCGAUCCACUAAUGCAGCUGCCCACACACUAAGUGUAUCCGUUCGCUUCUGGCGCAGUUUUAGUCCGUUUCUGGCGCUAGGAGAAGAUACACCGUCCGUAGGUCGCAGUUGAAAGGAGGGAUGGCUGUUCGAAAGGGGAAUUGUCUUUACUGGUGCAGUGUGUUUUUGAUGGUGCUCCUGGUCAGCUUCUGCUCGGCAAAACAAGCCCGCCGGUGUCUCGGUGGCUCGGAAGUAUUUGUCUGCACACUUGUACAGUUUGACUACGAGGCCGGACAAGAUGUGCCGCAAUUCAAUAUUUCGUCAAGUGUCACUGCGGUAAAAAUUAUAAGAUCACCCCAUGAGAUGCAAGAGUAUAACUCAGAUACAAUAAGGCACAUUCGCGAGUACGAUUCAGUGCUCCAUCGACAGCUUGGUUUUCCGAAAGCCAUCGAAAUCCAAGACACAAGCAUGCACACGGUUGAGGUACCAGCGGAAAUGUUGUAUGCAGAUUUCAGUGCCAAUUCCAUCAAAACGAUCACGGUCAACCCGCAGCUGCCCUACGCGUUGCGGUACCUCGAUCUGGACGAUAACUAUAACUUACCGAUUGAGAACGUUACCCACUUUACGCGGCUGCAGUCGCUUCAUCUCUCGAAUUGCCGACUCGAAACGAUACCGGACCGUCUAUUUACUCCAAUGACCAACCUGCAGCACCUCACCCUCGCUUAUAACCGAUUGACCGCUGUCGAUCUGAAACAGUUUCCCCCCAGCUUAACGCUUCUGUUUUUCAAUCGGAAUAAUCUGCGAAACAUGACACUGGGCGGUGUGAUCUUCCCUUCGCUGGAGCACUUGAAUGUAGCGUCCAACGAAAUUUCUUCAUUCAAUGCGACUUUGAUCCUGCCACUGGCACCGAAGCUAAAGCUUUUCACCAUCGAACGCAAUCCGAUGAGGCGUGCAAUGGUGGACCACAUCGUCGAGGAGCUUAACCGACGCAACAUCAGCCACUACAACAUGGAAAAUCCCGACGAAUGGGUGUGCAAAGAUGACGAAAUCAUAUACGACGGGGUUUGUUUUUCCGAAAACAAUCUGGAAUCCGAUGAAGCUAGUUGGUCAACUUUUGGCAUAGUCUCUACAGUGAUGGUUGUACUGGCUGGUUCGGCGGGGCUGGGGUAUGUGAUUUGGAUUUUGUAUAAGCGAGUGCAAUAAACCUUCUACACGUCCAUCGAUGUUCGACCUGGUUUUGAGAUGAAUGUUAUGACACUUCAAAUUUAUUCUGUAUCCAUUGUCAGCGAGAAAAUAAAGUCAGUCAGCAAGAAAUAAAGAAAUAAAUAAAAGUUAGUAUCUUACCACA